AUGAAGCAGCGCACGUCAAGCGAGGCAGACGGUGAACUCGGCGAUCCGCUCUGGGCGGCGCAAGGUGACCACGACCACUUCCAUAUAACACAGCCUGGCAUCCUGUCGUCGAGCCUUGUUGUCACGAUGCUGUUCAAACCCACCGACAACUCAGUCAUGAACACCGAGUGGAACAGAAAGUGA